AUGAGUUCUUAUAUUGAUAAUCAACACACGUUGAAGUGUUUAGCAAAACAUAAAGGAAAAUUUGAAUACAAUGCGAAUAAAUAUGAUUUGUCAUCUAUAAUUUACCACCAUGGAAAUAAUUUUAACUCGGGUCAUUAUACUGCAGCCGCUCGUAAUUUUAUUGAUGGAAAAUGGCGUUUAUUUAAUGAUAAUGGCGUUUCAGACAAAUCUAGCCACGAAAUUUCUGAAUCGAAUUGUUCUUAUAUGCUUUUUUAUCAACGUCGACCUUAUGUUCCUUGGUUUCCCCACAAAAUUCCAUAUGAUAUUAUUCAAGAAUAUCGAGAAAUAAAUAAAGAUGCGCGGGACUACAAACAACGUAAUAAAUCAAAAAAGAAAAAUAAAUAUUCCCGUUAA